UGUGUUCUGUUUUUCCCCAACCGCAGACCUGGAAGCGGCAACGCCCUGCCCACGACGCCCACGCCGCCGUGCCCGCACGAGGAUGCCGCCGCGCUGGUUCCCGCCCCUCGCCGACACCCCCACGCACCCCGCGCGCCGACCUACGCGCCGAGCCGCCGGCGCCGAUGACCUGCCAGCCGCCGCGCCGCCCACAAUAGCCAGCGACUAGCGCUCAAUUGCUGCCGAUCUGCGGGACGCCGCCGCGCCGACAUGCGGCCCGCCCGCCCCUUUCAAUUCAUGUCGAACUGCAGGCCGGCGCUCUGCACGGAGCACCGAUCCUCGCAAUAUCCCACGACAGAUUUUGGGCUUCCCGCUUCGCUACUGCCAUCUUCUUCAAGACCUACAUCGACCAGCUUGCAGAGGGAGUUGACUGCCAUUUUUGAGGGGUGUAAUGCUCAGGCUGCAACCUCUACCUGGAGCCAUGAUGAGGAGCUGAAGGAAAUGGAGGAAGAGGAAAGCUUGGUGCUGUCAAGUGGUGUGGUUCGCUUCCCCCGACUAUUUCCAUUACAGAUGGCAUCAUUAAGGAUAUGUCGUGUUCCUUCACCACUUCUAAUAUGGAGCAUAUGAAAAGAAAGGUGGUCCAAGUUGACGCGGUUAUGUCAUUAUUGCUACAAGAGUUUCAGUAAUUCAAUUUUAGGCUACAGUUUCUAUUUCUGUGAAUUUAAGGUAUCACUCAUAGAAGCACUGAAGCUCCAAAGGUAUAGUACUAUUCAGCUUCCCUUCCUAUUUAGAGUAAAUAAUGCUAUCUUCAUGUAUCUGAUGGAAUAUUCUAUAUCGUGACUGUUGCACUAUAUCUUCUACCAGGUGAAUAAUACACUCCUAUGAACCUUUUAUUAUAUAUGGUUUCCGAUUUAUAUAAUGAAUCUUUGGUUACUAUGGUUACCAAUAUGAUCACAUCUUUGCAGGGGAAGGCCUAUAUAUCUUCGUUUGUCCAUUUAUGUGUAAUUAUGCACUGAAUCCCCUUGUCCUCACUUUGCAGCACACUGUGGUCACAUGCAUAACAUUAACUAAAUGAUCGAAGGUGGGGAAGAUACAUGGUUGUUGAGAUUUUCCCAGAAAAGCUAAGUGUGUAGAAAGCCUCCACACAGAAUAAAGUUUAUUCAGCAAUAUGACUUGUGAUUGUUCAUUGCAUAAGCACAUAAUCAACUCUUACAUACAUUCAUCUUGAUGAUAUUACUUUUGGAAACAGAACAUUUUUUGGAUGAUUUCACAUUUGUUGUCAAGGUGUCACAAAGUCGGAACUAGCAAACCAUAUAGUAUGUCAAAUGAUUUUUUUGGAGAUAGUAAUUAAUUAUACAAAGAAUACAUAGUAGCGGCUCAAAAUAGUAUUAUAAAUGUCAUAGGCUGUUUGGGCUACCUAAGAGUUUUGAACCCUCAACUUUGGUCUGAUUGCAUCCCCAUUACGGAUGUAGGGCUUUGCAAGGUUAGGGGUUCUCAAGGUGAGGAGGAAACAUGAGGAGCUAUGUGUACCUUACAUCUUGAACACUGGUAGUGGUGAUGGUUUGUGCGUGGACAAACAUGGACUAUGUGUACAUCACAAUUGAGUUUAAUUUUACAAUGGCAAUUGGUGCCGAUGCUACCACACCACACUUACAUGGGUGGCAGGGCUGAUAUCACCAUGGUAAGACUCACCGUUGCUACGGGCAUCACAUAAAUUUAGAGAUUAAAAGACUCACUCUGGCUACGAGCAUCAUGGAGC